AUGUCUUUCGUCCGACAAAUGUUUGGCCAUGUCCAGCGCCGGGCUUUCACAGCCUCGGCUCGACAGUCCUCCAAGGUUGCCGUGCUCGGCGCCGCCGGUGGUAUCGGACAACCUCUGUCUCUGUUGAUGAAGCUCAACCCUCGAGUCUCUCAAUUGGCCCUCUACGACAUCCGCUUGGGUCCAGGUGUCGCAGCCGAUCUCUCCCAUAUCAACACAAAGAGCGUCGUCAAGGGCUAUGAUCCAACCCCGUCCGGCCUCCGUGAGGCUCUGACGGGCUCUGAGAUUGUCCUCAUUCCCGCCGGUGUGCCGAGAAAACCUGGCAUGACUCGGGACGAUCUUUUCAAUACCAAUGCUAGCAUCGUCCGUGAUCUUGCAAAGGCUGCCGCCGACGCUGCCCCUGGGGCCAAUGUGCUGGUCAUCGCCAAUCCUGUCAACUCGACUGUGCCCAUCGUCGCGGAGGUCUUCAAGAGCAAGGGAGUCUACAACCCGAAGCGCCUGUUUGGUGUCACUACUCUUGACGUUGUUCGUGCCUCUCGAUUUAUCUCGGAAAUCAAGGGAACCGAUCCCGCAGACGAGAACGUCACAGUUGUCGGUGGUCACUCCGGUGUCACCAUUGUCCCCUUGAUCUCUCAAUCUCGCCACCCUAACAUCUCCGGCGAACAGCUCGAUGCCCUGGUCAACCGCAUCCAAUUUGGAGGGGAUGAAGUGGUCAAGGCUAAGGAUGGUGCCGGUUCGGCCACCCUUUCCAUGGCCUUCGCAGGUGCCCGAUUUGCAGAGAGCUUGUUGAGGGCCUCGCAAGGCGAAAAGGGAGUGAUUGAGCCCACCUUCGUGGACAGCCCGCUGUACAAAGAUCAAGGAAUCGACUUCUUCGCCUCGAGGGUUGAGCUUGGACCUGAGGGGGCCCACAACAUCUACCCGGUCGGCAAGCUCAGCAAACAUGAGGAAGGUUUGUUGGAGGCUGCCUUGGCAGAGACAGACUUGAAGAAGAACAUCCAGAAGGGCAUCGACUUUGUCAAGGCCAACCCAUAG